AAUGUCUAAAUGAAAAAUAUUGGCAAGUUUAAGGGGCCACUUCUGUAUUUGGCAUUGAGAUAGGAUCCAGCGGCAUCGCCCCUGCCUUUAUACUAGUCAAAGAAAAAAUGGAAAGCUGUUAAUGCCGAGUGGAAGAGGGCACGCACAAACAAACACAGAUGGAGGUGGAAUGGCUUCUUGUAAUCCACGGCGUCGUGACACUCCUAGUAUUGGUUUCUUUCCUCUGCGGCCAAUGGCCUAUCUUCGAUGGCACUUUCAUUCAAAAAAUCCACUUCUUCCUCACCUUUGGUGUCUGCGAUUAUUUCCGCCGGUUUGUGGGUGCUGUUUUUGGUCAAAGAGGUUCCGAUGCACUCUUCUGCGUCGAGUACUAUUGUUGUGAUCGUCCUAAUCCCAUCCUCCAGCUCAUUUAUUUGGGGAUAAUUGGAGCCAGUUACUACUUUAUUGUGCAGUCAGCCUUUAAGUACAUUCCUGGGUAUUACUUAGGUGAAGUGCACAGGUACACGAGCUUGUUGGCAGUUGGAGGGGGUAUUCUACUCUUUCUAUUGACUAGCUUUUCUGACCCAGGGACUGUAAAUAUUGAGAAUGUUUCGCAGUAUCUAUCUGCUUAUCCCUAUGACAAUAUUAUAUUCUCAGAAAAGGAAUGUCCAACCUGCAAGAUUCCAAAACCUGCUAGGUCAAAGCACUGCAGCAUUUGUGAUCGCUGUGUCACUCGAUUUGAUCAUCAUUGUGGAUGGAUGAACAAUUGCAUAGGCGAGAGAAACACCAGAUACUUUAUGGCUUUUCUUCUCUGGCAUUUUCUUCUCUGUUUAUAUGGGACAGUUGCUAUUGGACUAGUGCUAGCUGGCCGCCUGAAAGAACUACGGGUUAUAGAUAUUCUUACUGGUACAUAG